AUUGCCGGCCUCCUUUCACAAUGGCCAUUGGAAGUACACGCUUUUUUAGUGAAGAUGUGACCCACUUUCCUGACAUAAAAGACCCUGAAAUUCUAUUUGUUUUUAAGGACUUAAUGGCUGCAAGUUGGGAUGAGCUUCCAGAUACACUCAUCAGUGAUGCAAAUAAGGCUUUGUCUAAAAAUACAGACGACAAGGCUGCCCAAGAAGCUGUGGCAAAUGUUUUCCGUGCAGCUGAGGCAGUUGAGGAGUUUAGUGGGAUGCUCGUGUCUUUGAGGAUGGCAAUUGAUGAUAGCACUGGAUUGGGUGGCGAGGAUGUAAAACCCUUGCCGGAGGAAUUUGUGAACGCAUUGCGUACAGUCUAUCAAAGAUAUACUGCAUAUUUGGAUGCUUUUGGGCCAGACGAGACCUAUUUGCGUAAGAAAGUUGAGACUGAGCUUGGAACGAAAAUGAUACACUUAAAGAUGAGGUGCAGUGGUAUUGGUUCUGAGUGGGGAAAGGUUACAGUUCUGGGGACUUCUGGACUUUCAGGUUCCUAUGUUGAGCACAGAGCUUAGUUUCUUGGAGAUGGUUAAAAACAUCAUGUGUUCAUGUUGUCUUUUCUCUUGGGGAACUUUAUUCAUGUUUGUUCCUCUUUCAGACAUUUUACUGGUGCUGUCAUUAAUCUUUAAAUAAAUCCAGUUUGAUCUCAUGUGUUCUGCUUCUUCUUUUCUUUAUUUAUUUUUUAAUGAA